AUGGAGAAGGCUCUAGCAUCUGCAGAGGAGCUCCUGUGUGAUCCGCUUAAGGCCAGGGUUCGCUCCGUCCUCAUCAACUGCUCCACUGCUGGUCCCAUGCUGCAUUUGGGUGGAAAGGUUGUGGUGAGUGGCGAAGUCAUCUCCGUCAAGGAUGAUUUGCUGGACAUUGAGGUCUUCCCUUUUGUCCCCUUUGCUGGAUUUGUGGCUCCAGGAGAGGAACGCUUGACAAUGAAGAUCACUAUGCCUGAGCUUGCUUCGCGCUCCAUCAAGUUGUCUGCAGGAGUUCAUGUGACAUGUGCUGGAGAAGCGACGUGUUGGGAUCAUUCCUGCAUUGUUUUUGCUGCCGGUGCUACAAUUUGUUUCCGACCUGAGUAUGAGCAGUACAUGCCAUGGAACUUUGUACACCUGUUUGCAGGUUCCUUCUCAGGUUGGACGCAUGCUACAGCUGCGCUUGACAAGAUUGAGAAGGACAUUACAGUUGGACAGGAGAUUUCGGUGGACUAUGAUGAAGAAGUGAUGAAGCUAUGGAGCCUCCGGACCCAUGCCAAG